AUGGAUCCCAGUGGCACUUACAUCCAGUAUGAGGCGAAGGCGAUUGGGUCUGGUUCCGAGGGAGCACAACAGGCUCUCCAGGAGGUCUUUAAUAAGGACAUGACUCUUGAGGAGGCGUGUGUACAAGCUCUCACUAUCCUCAGACAGGUCAUGGAGGAAAAGUUGGAUGCAACCAACGUUGAGGUAAACCAAACUUCCUUCUCAGCGCUAAUUGUUCGUACCUCAAUACGUUUGAAUCAGCAGACACUUCGUGUUUUUGCCAUCCCAAAUUAA